UGGUUUGAGUUUUUAAGAAGCCAUCUAACUAUUCGAAGGCAGGCUUUGACAACAGAUAGAGGGUGGAGUUAUUGCUGUUGUCAGAUUCAACGUUCAGCUGCACAGGUGCAUGCUAGCAACGAGCCACAUGGGGACACUGAUUUUCUGUCACCCCUGAAAUAGUGAAAGCUUGACACAGGUGAACAAUUCAAAUCAACCACCUACAACUGAGAAUACUGUAUCUAUACUUCAAUCAUGGAGGAAUAUCAGCACUUGAAUAAAACAACAGAGACACAAUCUUCAGAGAAAAGGAAAGAUAGAUGCUGUGAUCCCCUCAAGAUGUUCUUGGCAGCUCUGUCAUUCAGCUAUAUUUGUAAGAUAAUCGGUGGGAUCACUAUGAAAACUGCCAUUACUCAGAUUGAAAGGAGAUUUGACAUAUCCUCUUCCGUUGCUGGUUUCAUUGAUGGAGGCUUUGAGAUUGGAAAUUUGCUUGUGAUUGUAUUUGUAAGUUACUUUGGAUCCAAACUGCAUAGGCCGAAACUCAUCGGAAUAGGUUGUGUCGUUAUGGGGGUCGGAAGUAUUUUGACUGCUUUACCACAUUUCUUCAUGGGAUAUUACAGGUAUUCUACAGAAAGCCAUGUUAAUACAACAGAGAGUUCAAUAUCAACUUGUUUAAUUAAUGAGACUUUAUCACUCACUAAGCCAUCAACUGAGAUAGUAGGAAAAGGUUGUGAGAAACAAUCUGAGUCAUACAUGUGGAUCUAUGUCCUAAUGGGUAACAUGCUUCGUGGAAUAGGGGAAACCCCUAUAGCACCACUGGGAGUUUCUUACCUUGAUGACUUUGCUAAAGAAGGAUAUUCCUCUGUUUAUUUAGGUAUUUUGAAUUCAGUAGCAAUGAUUGGUGUGAUUGUUGCCUUUUUGAUGGGAGCUGUAUGUACUCGAAUGUAUGUGGACAUUGGCUAUGUGGAUCUCAGCAGCAUCAGAAUAACUCCUCAGGACUCUCGCUGGGUUGGAGCUUGGUGGCUGGGGUUCCUUGUGUCUGGACUGCUCUCCAUUAUUUGUUCCAUGCCAUUCUUUUUUCUGCCUCAAAAUCCAAAUGAACCGCAGAAACAAAGAAGGAAGGCUUCAACAUCUUUGCAUGGACUCAACACAGAUGAAGAAAAAAAUCAAGCAGCUAAUUCGACUAAUCAUGAGAAACAUGGUACUUUAAGUAUGACUGAUUUCUUACAGUCCAUGAAAAGUCUCCUUACGAAUCACCUGUAUAUUAUGUUUGUGUUUUCGACCCUGCUGUACUUCAGUAGCCUUAUUGGUGGCUUUACCUAUGUUUUCAAAUACAUAGAGCAACAGUACGGUCAGUCAAUAUCUCAAGCUAACUUUCUCUUAGGACUUAUAAUAAUACCCUGUAUGGCAACUGGAAUGGUUUUAGGAGGAUAUCUUAUUAAAAAGUUCAAAUUGACCUUGGUUGGAAUUGCCAAAUUUUCAAGUUUUACUGCAUUCUUGAGUUUAAUAUGCCAACUAUUAUAUUUUGCUUUACUCUGUGAUCGCAAGUCAGUUGCUGGCUUAACUUUGGCCUAUGAUGGAAUUAAUCCAGUGGCAUCUCAUGCAAAUGCACCACUGUCUUAUUGCAACUCAGGUUGCAAUUGUGAUGAAACUCAAUGGGAGCCAGUCUGUGGGAACAAUGGAAUAACUUACCUGUCACCUUGCCUAGCAGGAUGCACAUCUGUAGGUGACAAUGAAAAGCCUACUGUAUUCUACAACUGUAGUUGUCUUGAAGUUUCUGGUUUCAAGAGCAUGAAUUAUUCUGCCCGUUUGGGUGAAUGCCCAAGAGAUAAUCCUUGUAGAAAGAAACAUUAUUUUUAUAUAGGUGUACAAGUCAUGGAUGCUUUUUUCUCUGCGUUGGGAGCCACUUCAUUUAUCUUGUUGCUUGUAAAGAAUGUUCUACCUGAAUUAAAAUCACUUGCAAUGGGUUUCCAUUCACUGGUUAUACGAACGUUAGGAGGGAUUCUAGCUCCAGUUUAUUUUGGGGCCAUGAUUGAUAGAACGUGUAUGAAGUGGUCCACUACCAGCUGUGGGACACAAGGUGCCUGUAGGAUAUAUAAUUCAAUAUCAUUUGGAAUUGCCUAUUUGGGCUUGAGUUCCACCUUGAAAUUUCUAGCACUUGUUGUAUAUAUUGCAUUACUUUAUGCCAUGAAGAAAAAAUACGAAGGAAAAGAUACUAAGGCAUUGGAACAUGGAGGAAAAGUCAUGGAUGAGACAAGCAGAAAAUCCUUAAAUAGCAAUGGACAUUUUGUACCUUCUUCAGUAGUCAGUGACACACAUAUUUAAGGGAAGGAAAAGAUACAACAAUGCAGUAUUGAAGCAAUGAGGUGUUAUUUUUUCAGUUCCUGGUCACCUCAGUAAGACUUACUAUACUCUACCUCUCUAAAUAUGGAAUAAUGAGUAAGCCUAUGAAUAUCUAAACAAACUAUAAACAUAAAGAAUGCAGUAAUCAUUGUUAGGAUAUAGCUAAGUACUUGUAGUUAAUAUUGGAAAAUAUGAUUCAUACAAAUUUAAAGUGGGAGGCCUACUUAGUAUAUAAUAGAAGAAAAAGUAUUUGUUAGGGUAAUUGUAACUCAAUGAAGCUAGUAACUAGAAAAUGGAUAGAAGUGAAAAGGAAAAGAGAAAUUAAUAGGCUAAAUAAUGAAAAAAGACUGGUGUCUCAAAAAGAAAAGGAAAGAAACAGUGGAUGUUGUGACCUAAGCCUGAAGUUUAGCCUUAUGGAGGAUUUAUGGAACCUUGACAUGUAUUAUUUAUGUUGUCAUAUAUUUUACAGACUUUAUUAAUUUAAAAUUUGAAAUUGUGUUUAACUAAUAAUUCAGUUGCAUCUUCUUUCUAUCUUCCAUUAAAACACUGCUGAAUAAAUUGAGAUAUUAAAAUAUUUUCAAGCUAUGAUUGUCAGAAAAAAUGCCACAGAAGGUAAGGUUCUAUCAGACUCACAGAAAUGGAUUAAGAAAAACUGACUUUGACUGGAGAAUGCAAAGACCAUUUAAUAAAAAUGAUUUUAUUUUACCCUUCUGUUCUCUGGAAGAAGUAAAGUUUAUGUCAGAUAAAAUAACAGCAUUCAUCAUUC